AGAUGCGACGCUAAAAUACGCAACCCCGGUCAGAGCUCCUGCAAGGGACCACAGUGACGCUGCGGCAUCCCCCAAAAGACGCAGCGGACACCUGGCUGGCAGGGAGCUCGUCGUCCUAUUUUCCGCGUCAAUCCAACGUCGCACAUUGCUUCGUAACACGAUCGCUUUUUUGUUUCUGUUCCUGGACCCUACCACGCUCUCUCUACACUGCAAAGAGUAUUCUCGGCGAUUGAUACCCAUGCGGACAUAGACUCAAAUUUUGUUCUGUUUUUUCCCUCACGUCCCUUUUUCUUGCCAGGCCACAUUGCUCUCGCAGCCAUGUCCUUACGCACAGUAUUUGACCUGCUGCUACCCCUGGGUCUGCUAGUCGGCCAGACCUACGCGGCGCAAGAACCUCUGACAGGCGAGGAUCGCGAAGCAUGUCCAAACUAUGCGCAGUAUUCCACGUACCCCCAUAAGCCCCUGAGCGAAGGCCCUCUUGGCUUGCCCUACCAACGACCCGAUCCACGAUGCCGUACUUUCCACUCCGAUGCCAUCGAGAAGGUCAUCAAGGAUGUCACAUCCAGAAUGAAGGACCCCGACCUGGCCAGGCUAUUCGAGAACGCGUUCCCUUCCACAACGGACACCACUGUCAAGUUCCACACCGAUGGCACCGAUACAAGAUUCGUUGAUCUCAAGGGCCGUAGCAUGCGCGACGAGGGAAAAUGGGAGGGACCGCAGUCCUUCAUCAUCACAGGCGACAUCAUCGCCGAGUGGCUGCGCGACAGCACGAAUCAGCUCUCACCCUACCAGGCGCUGGCCAAGAAGGAUCCCGCCAUCUUCAAGCUGAUCCUAGGCGCCAUCAACACGCAGGCCGAGUACGUCAUCGAGUCGCCGUACUGCAACGCCUUCCAGCCCCCUCCGAUCGCGAACCUGCAGCCGAGCCACAACGGACAGGACGACACGGUACACCCCAUCUACGAGCCCUCGUUCGUGUUCGAGUGCAAGUACGAGCUGGAUUCGCUGGCGCAUUUUCUCGCGCUGGGCAACGACUUUUACGAGCACACCGAGUCCAAGGAUUUCAUGACGGGCAGGUGGUUCAUGGCUCUCGAGACGGUGCUUAACGUCCUGGAGGAGCAGUCCCGCUCCACGUUCGACCCGGAAACAGGCCGCUUUCAGAAGAACGAGUACACCUUCCAGCGCAAGACGGACGCGGGCACCGAGACGCUGAACCUCAAGGGCGUCGGCAACCCGCUGAACAACGGCACGGGUCUCGUGAGGUCUGCCUUCCGGCCCAGCGACGACGCCACGAUCCUCGGCUUUUUUAUUCCGGCAAACGCCAUGAUGGCCGUGGAGCUGAAGCGCACGUCCAUAUUCCUCAAGGAGGCCGGCAAAGAUGUCCUCGCGCAGACGGUGGAUAAGUGGAGCCAGACGAUUGCUGAUGGCGUGUGGAAUAACGGCGUUGUCAAGCACGCCAAGUACGGAGACGUCUUUGCGUACGAGGUUGACGGGUACGGUUCCUCCAUCCUCAUGGAUGAUGCAAAUUACCCGUCGCUGCUGGCGCUUCCUCUCAUGGGUUUCUUGCCUGCGGAUGAUCAGACGUACAAGAACACCAGGAAGAUGCUCUUGGAGAAGACUGGCAACCCCUACUACCUCGAGGGCGCUGCGUUCCACGGAAUCGGAGGACCCCACAUUGGGCUCUCCAACGCCUGGCCGAUGAGUCUUUUGAUCCAGGCGCAGACAUCCGAAAAUGACCAAGAAAUCACCGAGUGUCUUGACUUUGUCUUGAACUCUGCCAAGCUCGGUUUGGUUCACGAGAGUGUUGAUGUUGGCCGCAUUUCUGCCUAUACCCGAAGCUGGUUCGCAUGGGCUAACGGCGUCUUUGCCGAGACGAUUCUCGACCUGGCUAAGAGGAAGCCUCAUCUCAUCUUUACUGACGCAAAACCGUAUACCAUCUGAACGUAGCAUUUACUUUCGGGCAUGGCGUGUUGGGUGCGGGGGCGGUUAAUCAGCUGAUCGCAACAUGGCAUGGGAGGUGGUGACCGGCAUCUUUGCUGCAUCAAUAGAUUUAUAUCCGCUUCUAAAGAGUUGCGAGAUGAUUGAAGACCAAAAAAAUAAACAAAGUGUGUCCAGAUAACAUAAGGCAGAAUCAGGCUCAGAUAUAUUUACCACAGCGGAGGCAAUGAAUGGCUCGUAAUGAGGGCUAUCAACCAAUUAAUCUUCCCCGGACACUUACCAUUCACCUGAUGUCACUCUGGACGAGUUAGUGGGAUGCAUCCUACUCAGCCUGCAUAUCAUAUAUAUCCAGGAAGUUCGCCUCGUAACGAGUGUGAACACAAAUCUUCUACACACCUU